CGCAGUUUAGGCACUCCAGCAACAAGCAACAGACCUCAACAACUCUGGACUAGCCUCAAGUCUAACCAGUGGAAAAGUACUGAAGUCCUGUACUUAAGAACAUUUUGAGAGCUCCUGCUGGUGACAACACAAGACAUGGUUGAGCUCUUUAUGGGUCACAGCACUUCAGGUAGCUUCAGACAGAACUAACGCAGCACAGAGCCACACCGGCCGCCUCAUCUUAACUGCUCCAACUGCUUUCUGAGCGGCGAAGGAUGGACUUUAUCGAACUAGUGUUCAUCAGGAAACACAGCCUUUCCACAGAUCACUGAUGUACAUUCAUCAUCUUCCAGACUGAGGUGAUGACCUUCGUUGAGCAGAUGAAACAAUGGUUGGUAAUCACACCGGUGUAUCUGCGUGUCCAGAUCGGCCCCUGGACCCACUUGCUUACAUCCUCAUAGGGGUCCUUGCCUUCGCCAUCCUGGUGUUCAUGUUGCUGGGGGUCGUGUGUUUCAAAAAAUAUCGUUCUUUGGUCCAGACCAUUGGAGAGCUGCGAGGGAAGCUGCUGCUGGGUACUGCUCCUCGUCUGGAAGCUCCUAUCAUGCAUGUUAGGCCGGUCCCAGCAGUGGUGGAGGAGGAUGAGGAGGACGAGCCUCCUCCCCAAGCUCCCCUGCAGCAGAGCAGCACAGUCAGGUCCUCCUCCAGGAGGCUGUGGAAAGGCCUGCAGCAGGCUCCUCGUUUUACCAAGUCAGACCUGAACCUGGUGCAGCUGAUCAAAGCAGGGAAGGAGGGCGUCUUCUACCAGGCUAGGAUGACCAGAGGGACGUGUAAGGGCCACAGCAUGUUCACCUGCAAGAUCAGCAAGGAAGGUGUCCGUUCCAAACAUAUAGACACAGAGGUUUCCAUCAUGAGGAAACUGGUGCACCACAAGAACAUUCUCCAGCUACUGGACUGGAACACCACUGAGGAACCUUACAUUCUGAUCAUGGAGUACGUGAGCUACGGCACUCUGAGGACCUUCCUUCAGUCCAACAGAGUCCACCUGAGCGCAGACCCCGAGCUGCAGAGCCUCCUCACCAUCGCCUCCUACCACAUCGCCCUGGCUAUGCAGCACCUGAGCUCCAAAAUGAUUGUGCACUGUGACUUGGCUCUGAGGAACGUGAUGGUUAAUAAGUUUCCCUGGGAGGUCAAAGUGGCGGAGUUCGGCCUGGCCCGAGACUUAGCACGAAUGUCGAGCCGCCGCAGCAGCCGCUGGAGAAACCCGCAGCAGCGUGUGCCGCUGCGCUGGUACCCACCUGAAUACUUCAAGAAUAACUAUUACAGCUUCAAGGGAGACGUGUGGGCAUUUGGCAUCGUGCUGUGGGAGAUGCAGACAUUUGGUAUGUUGCCAUAUCCAAACCUGGAGACAUCAGAGACAGUGGUUUACCACAUCUGUAUUGGUCAUAAGAACACAAACCCUGAAGGCUGCAGACCAGAGAUACUCCAUAUCAUGCGAGAUUGUUGGCUGGAGCCGUACAGUCUGAGACCCUCAUUCACAGACAUUGUCUGCAUGCUGGAGAACAUCAUUGAAGACGAUGCGGAUUACGUGGAUGUUGAGAGUUCACAGAUUUUGGCCAAAGAUGAAGCUGAAUGUCAUGAGGCUAAAUGUCUACGAGCAGCUAGCGUCAUCUUGGAAGAUACAAAUCCCAUCUAAAUAAAUUUGCUGUUCUUAAGCAUUAUGUAUAUUUAAAACAAUACACUCAUUUAGGGUGCAUUUAUCUGCCCUGGGCAGCCUUUCAAGCACUGUUUCAAAUACAGAAACUCAGAUGAUCACACGUCACACAAAACUCCACAGAGAGAAAAAGUACAUACAACUGGAAAGUAGAGUAAUAUCACAUGGAGGGUAAAAAUGAUGCAGGGACUACUUAUAUUUGUUUGACACUGUAGAUUAGUACAUUACUCAUGUUUUAUGUGUCUUCUUGAGUUUGUUCGUCCUAUUUUUUGAUAACUCAAUUAAAACGUAAACUCUGUGUGUGAUGUGCGUCAUUUUCCCCUUUCCUG